UGAUUCUACAAUCACACAGCUCCUUAGCCGGCCACCCUCUUUUGCAGGGAAGGGAACCAUCAGGAAAAGCCACAUAGCCCUCCAGCUGGUCCAUUUGGGUGGAUUUAUGUGAAAUCCCAGAGGAAAAGGCCUCUGGUUGCCAACAGCAUGGACUUUCUUGAAUUGUUGGUGGUCAGAAUGGAUAUGGAAAGGGGAAUUCUUGCUACUGCACGUUCCACGCUUGAUGACGGAUUACUAAACUAAGCUUCUGGACUACAAUGUUUCUGUUCAUGGUCUUCAAGAAUUUCAACAAGGGAAAGACAAGUUGAAUUAUAGGACAACUUGAAUCGUACCUUUGAAACAAAUUAAUCAUACUAAAGAAGAAUAACUCUGAAUAUAUUGUUUUGACUCAUUAAUCACCGAGAACAAAAACAUGGCUUUGAUGCCUAUAAAAUUUGACUUGCCCAAGCGGGUCAAGCUGGCCCAAGUACUGUGGUUCCUGUACUGGCUCUCUGUCAUGGCUGGGAUCCUCAUCUUCAGCAUGGGGAUUUUCUUCAAGAUCGAGCUGCGCAAAAGAAGCGAGAUGAUGGAUAACAACGAGAGACAUUUUGUGCCCAACCUGCUCAUUCUGGCGGGACUUGUGGCCUGUGUUAUCAACGCUUUUGGGGGCAAAGUGUGCCAUGACUCCCUUGACACAAUCAAGUUCACCAAGUGGAAACCAAUGUUGAAGACCUACAUGAGUGGAUGUGUGGUUUUCUGCAUCGCCCUUUUUGUCAUGGCUCUGCUGUGUUUCUUGAUGCAGAUCUCUCUGCAUUUCGCCCUGGCUGAAGGCCUGAAGAAUGGAAUGAAGUACUACAAAGAUACAGACACGCCAGGACGAUGCUUCAUGAAGAGAACCCUAGAUAUGACCCAGAUUGAGUUCCGCUGCUGUGGCAACAACAACUACAAGGACUGGUUUGAGAUCCAGUGGAUAAGCAACCGCUACCUGGACUUUAGCAAUGAUGAGGUUAAAGCUCGUGUCCAGAGCAACGUGGAAGGCAAAUACUUGAUGGAAAGCGUUCCCUUCAGCUGUUGCAACCCUGGCUCUCCUCGCCCUUGUAUCCAACAUCACCUGACCACCAACUCCGCUCACUACAGCUACGACCACCACACUGAGGACCUAAACAUCUGGACCAGGGGCUGCCGUGAGGCCCUGGUGUCCUACUAUGGGGGCAUGAUGAACAGUAUUGGUGCUUUUGUGCUGCUGUUCAUUAUUAUGCAGGCUGUCGAGACUGUUGGUUUGCAGUACCUGAGCACCUCACUGGAAACCCUGGCAGACCCAGAGAAUCCUGAGAGCGAAAGUGAGGGAUGGCUGCUGGAAAAGAGUGUGAAGGAGACACUUUCUGACAUGACGAAGAUCACGUCGCUGUUUAAAAGCAACCAGGUACAGGAGGGAGAUGCAGAAGCGGCUCCCACAUAAAGCUGAGAGAGUCAUGCCCCCUCCCACCCCAUCAUGUCUGUGGCCACUCCCACCUUUGGGAGAAGGAAUGCAUUAAAGGUUGAUUAAAAUGUUCUCUCUUAUAUGCAUACAUAUGGGAUCAGUACACCUACAUUUGAAUGAGAUUCCAAUUGAUGUGAAUGUACACACUACAAUGUAAAUACAAAUAAAAUGUAAGUUUAUUUUUUAAUAUUUUAAGAAUGAAAUAUAUCUGUAAAUGUUCUGAUAUUAUCAUCUAACCAUAUCUGAUAUUCCGACCAAAUAAGCAUCACUGUCCACGUCCGUCUGUAGCAGUAUAAAGUUUGAUCCUUAUAUUUCCAGUUCAUUGGUUAAGCGGAUGUUUAACCCGACAGCCUCACACAUACAAUAACACAUUUCACCAUAAAGCCAUCAGGCGCUAUUAACUUUUCAGUAAGAAAUCACUUUUCUUGAAGGGGUCACACGGCAGCUUUUAACCGGCAGCUGAGGAAAAUGUGUUUUUGUAAACGUUCAGUCACCUCCCAGACCUUAAAGGGAUGGAAACAGUGGCACACCUUGCUUUUUUACACAACGCUGCCUUUAACAGGCCUUAGGUUGUCUGACGAUUUUCAAAAGCAUGUUGAUGGUGAUCUACUGGAGAGCAGAACUCUGCAACAAUGGGGAAACUAUUCUGUAACAACAGAAUAUUGUACUCAACAUGUUCACCAUUAAUGUGUGUAGUUCUCGGGUUAAAUAUCUGCCUAACAAACAGGCUUUGUGCUUCAACUUCAGUGCUCUGUUGGGCAUACAGUUGUGGGACAAUUAACUUGUAAAAGAUUUUAGUCAGUUGUGUGUGAUUUGUUAAUCUAAGUCAGACAACCCAAUCAGUUGUAUUCUUUUUUUUUUCAUAUCAUUUGUGUGAAUUAUACAUUUUCACAGACAACUCUUUCUGUAUAUUUGACCUAUGUCAGUUUUUGUGGAUUGAGUGGAUCAUGUAGGAAACUCCAUUUGUGAGAUAAAGAUGUUUAAUUAGAUUCAGUGUUCGUCAGUUAUUUUUCUCAAUAUACUGUAUAUAUGUGUGUACUCGUGGUUCCUAACACACACCUUGCCCUGAACAGAUGUGACUCUUUGUUUCUGUUUUACUGGUAUUUACUUUGGUGUUUAAAAGACUUAAAAGACUAUUUAAAAGACUUACAUAUGAUGGGUGAAAGUGGGGUAAAGUAAUGUUUGGACAGCAGAGGCCCAGCUGGACACAGCUUUACCUGAUUGGAUGAAGAGAAGGAAAUGGAUUUCUCUAAAUGAGGCUUUUGUCCUGCUCAGAACAGCUGAAUACCCAUCCUCAGAAUACCUUUGGACAAAAAAAACAACAACAUUAACACAAAUGUUUUUCAACAUUAAUAUUUUAGUUAACAUGUAUAAAUAUGUAUAAGGGAAUAUGUAUUAUUUAGAAACAUUCUGUCUGAUGACGUGCAGAAUGCCACACUACA